CCAAGACCAUCAACCACAAUAAUGGCGGCUGAUCCGGGGCGGAUUAAUCAGAAACAGGCUCAAAAGCUUCGUAUAAAGAGAUUCGCCCCAAAGACAAGAUCGGGGUGUGUCAUCUGCCGCGAGCGGCGAGUCAAAUGUGAUGAGUCGAAGCCAUCAUGUAACCGAUGUAAUGCUGCAUCUCGAACUUGCAAAUAUGAGGAUACAAAGCGAAAAUUCCGGCGAACGAAUGUUUUGCUGAUAGCCCCGUCGCCAGUCGUCUUCGCAACGCCAACAGCCAUCCCACAGUUCAGUGCUUCCAUGGAGAUAAGGGAUCUGAUCCAUUUAAUACCCCGCGUUGUGUCAAAGGACAAUCGACCAAUGGGCCGGGGCGAGUGUUAUGAUAAGAUGCUAAGCUUCUGUCAACGGCUAGAAGCUUUCAUCUUUGAAUUACCAAUGCGUUCGGGGCACGUUGCCGUGUUGGAUUCAGCUGUCGCGUGCGUCGCCGCCGGUCUAAGAUGGCGUGUAGCUACACGAGCACAAGAGACAGCUCUGGAACGAAUAGCACUGGGCCUCUAUGGUGAUACAUUAAAACAGCUGCAACCUGCGUUGGUAGAUGCGAAAGAGUCAUUGUCAUCGGAUACGUUGUGCGCAACGCAGCUGUUGUUCCUCUUCGAGACAUUGUCUCGUGACAAUCGCACCGCUCUAGUAUAUCAUGCUGCAGGCGCUAGUCGCUUGAUUGAACACCGCGGGCCGAGUCGCUUCAAUUCACAGUUUGAUAGGUCUUUACUGAUUGCACAUGCCCCCAUAUCCAUUAUGGAAUCCUUUUUCAAUGAAAAACAUUCAACCUUGGAAAGUGAAUCUUGGCAGAGCGUUUUCCGAGCGUUCUCACCCAAGGAUUUUGGCUUCUCGCCAAUCGACGAGCCUUUGGUGUCCAGUCUAGCCAUGCGCAGCGCAUGUCCGGGUCUUAUUUGCGACUGGAAACACCUAUUCAAUAAACACAUGGAUGAUGACUUGAAACGCAAGUCGUUACUUACGCGGACCGGCAAAUACAUCAAAAAAACGAACCAAUGGCUUACGCGAUGGAGAGACUAUCUCUUUAAUCCUCAGGCAGACGAUGGCACAAAACUGACAGAAAUAAGACCAGGUGAGGACCGCCACCCGGGUAGGUGUAUUGAUGGUGUCCUUUUACAGGAAUUUAAUCUUCUGAUGGCUAUUCGCAUGUAUGUUAGCCUUGGUGGCCCAGAGAGCACUGCGUUGGAGUUGAAGGGUCAACAAAUAGCCCGUGAGACAUUAGUAGGCCACAAGCUCGAAAAUCGAACAUGCUACGGAGUGGUUGGAAACUUGGCUCAACAUUCAGCCAUGGAAAUAUGCGCAAAUGCAGCAGGCUGCUUUCAAGGAGAUGCCGAUGCGUGGCUUGAGACGGCGCGAUCCAACGAUCUACGUGCGAAGGAGGGUCUGCCAACCGAGCUGGCACCGGCUAAUAUUGUCUUGGAAUAUAUAUCGAAUAUCUAGAUUAUAGUAUUUGCCUGUAAUAUAUGGCCCACUAAUAUCGUACUUUGUAUAUUUUGGUCUCCGUGUAUGGUAACAAUGCCAGCGCGACGGUAUUAGAGGCGGGCCAGACAGCCGAGAGAUUUAGUUCGAUCUGAUGCAACGUCUGCGGUGCAAGCUGCACCAGACCAGACAAGAUACUACGGAAAUGUGUUCAGUUUCUGAAAAAAGCCGAAAUAUUUUCAUUGGAGAUUAAAAAAUAGUAACAAAUAUAUGCUUUUCCAAUACCGG